AUUCCGAGAAGGCCCUUGGAAAUGGCUGCAAUUUACAGCCUCUACAUCAUCAACAAGUCAGGUGGCUUGAUCUUCUACAAGGAUUAUGGAUCUUCUGGACGGAUGGACACAAAUGAUAGCUUGCGGGUGGCGAGCUUAUGGCACUCGAUGCAUGCAAUCUCUCAGCAGUUAUCACCGGUUGCAGGUUGUUUGGGGAUUGAGCUUCUUGAAGCUGAUACAUUUGAUCUCCAUUGCUUCCAAUCACUCACUGGAACAAAGUUUUUUGUGGUCUGUGAGCCUGGGACACAGCACAUGGAAGGUCUCUUGAAAGUCAUCUAUGAAUUGUACACAGAUUAUGUCUUGAAGAAUCCAUUCUAUGAGAUGGAGAUGCCUAUUCGGUGUGAGCUUUUUGAUAUCAACCUAACACAGACAAUACAGAAGGAUCGUGUUGCUUUGUUGGGCCGAUGAUCUGCUUGGGAAACUUGUAUCCGACCUGAUCGUUAUUUGAUAUGCUAUAUUAGGAUGUACAUUUUGAGAGAAACUGUCUUUUUGUGUCGACUUUGAUGUUGAUUUUCUGGAUGAUUAAGCUUGUGAGGAAUGAGAAAUUCAAUAAUUAAGAGAGUUUUGAAGGUACA